CAAUGGUCAACCUCAAUGAAAAUGAAUGAUAAUGACAGAGCAUUGAAUUUAAAUUGCAAAUUGGGAAUGAAGUCAAUUCUACCCAUCUUUAGAUGUCUGACUUCUCUCGAAAGAAAUGUAGAAAAGUGCAAAAUAUUCACCAGCUCUGAUGAAUGCAAAAUAGUUAUUCAGUUCUUCUGCAGGCAUGGUAUUAAAAGAACUCAUAAUGUGUGUUUUCAAGAAAGCCAGCCUUUGCAAGUUAUUUUUGAGAAGAAUAUGUGUACUAAUACACUGAUGAUUCAGCCAAGACUGCUUGCUGAGGCGAUUGUUCUUUUUACAUCAAGUCAAGAGGAGGUCACCCUUGCUGUUACUCCACUGAAUUUUUGCCUCAAGAGUUCUAGUGAGGAUUCCAUGGAUUUGACAAAUUCUGUGUACAGUGAGAUGUCUUUUGGCCCAGAUGAGUUUGACUUCUUUCAGAUUGGGUUGGAUACAGAAAUAACAUUUUGCUUCAAAGAAUUGAAGGGAAUGCUGAUGUUUUCAGAAGCUAUCCAUGUUCCUAUAUCCAUUCAUUUUGAUUUUCCUGGAAAACCAAUGGCUUUGAGUAUUGAUGACAUGCUACUGGAAGCUAACUUUAUUUUGGCUACCUUGGCUGAUGACCCAAGUCGGGCAUCUUCGCCACAAUCACUGUGUCUCUCGCAGACACGAAAAAGGUCAGAUAUGAUACGGUCAAAUUCGAAGGCUGAUAAAAGUGGAACCAGCCAGACUCCAGAGUAUAUCUCAAGAAAAUCAGCACCCAAGAGGCUUUAUCCUAGGGAAGCUGCCACCAAAAACUCUGCAGGGGAAAACUGUGGCAGCCCUCAAAGGAAGAAAGCAAGUGGAGACAACAUCUUUGAAGUACCCGAAAGCAUUGUGAGCGACACAGAGGAAGGGCCAGGCUCUCCAUAUCUCAGGAAGUUUUCUUGCAUGUUCUUUGGAGCUGUUUCUUCUGACCAGCAAGAACACUUCAAUCGCCCUUUGGACAGUCUGGCAAUAGCAAGUGACAGUGACGAGGAUGUGAUUAAUGGCACUGUUUCCACAUCUAAAGCUCAGUGAUAGCUUCGCCUUAAG